AUGAUAUUGGCACUGUUUAUGCUGGCAUUAAUCUAUAGCGACAUGAUAAAUCAAAAGAUAAAAGAUUUGAUAAAUCAAAGCAUGGAAGAUAGUAUUAAGCCCAUAACAGCGAUGGAAGCCAUAACAGCGAUGGAAGCCAAUGAGCAAAAUAUGAUGAUUGAGGAUGUAGAAAUGAUGAUUGAGGUCUGA